UUGUCGGGUGUUUGUGGUCUGUGGUUGAUGCCUUGUCUUCCUGUGACUCAGAGGAGGAAUCUUGUCAGACUAGAAGAACUCACCUGACGGUCGGCCAGCCUCACUCCUCCUCCACUUGUAUGUUCACCGAGGGAGAAGGAAGAAAGAACAAACAGAGUACUACUUCGGAACACUGCUCACUCCUGCCUUUUCACCAUGGGGAGGAUUGGAAAGGAAAUAGCAGCUCAGAUUAUCAGCUUUAUUGGCCUUGUUGGGGUGUCAGUCACCUGUGGCAUCCCAAUGUGGAGGGUGACGACCUACAUCGGUGCCAACAUCGUGACUGGUCAGGUUGUGUGGGAUGGCCUGUGGAUGAACUGUGUAAUGCAGAGCACGGGUCAGAUGCAGUGCAAGCUGAACGAGUCUUUGAUGAGACUGACCCCAGAUCUGCAGGCCGCCCGAGCGCUGGUCAUCAUCUCUCUGGUCUGUGGCGGCAUUGGAUUCAUCGUCUCCUUCAUCGGAGCCAAGUGUACCAGCAGUCUGAAGAAAGACUCUUCAAAAGCCAUAGUGGUCAUUAUAGGAGGUUGUCUGAUCAUUGUCGCCGGCAUCUUGGUUCUGAUUCCAGUUUGCUGGUCUGCGACCAUCACCAUCACAGACUUCAUGAGUGCCCUAACUCUUCAGACACAGAAAAGAGAAAUAGGAGCUUCCAUCUACAUUGGCUGGGCCUCCGCCGGCAUUCUCCUGGUUGGUGGAAUCAUCCUGACCACUUCUUGUCCGCCUCAAAGGCAAAUGUAUGGAUACCCAGGCUACCCAGGAGCACCGAUGUACCCUUAUGCGGGUUCCGUGGCAAACCAGGCAACAUACGGACCUGUAUACGCCCCUGCAGGCAGCCAAGUGUACACAUCAACAGGGACAUAUGUCCCCGCCAAACCGUAUGCAGCACCAAGUGCAUACGCUGGACAGUACCUCUGAGAGCUGACAGAGCAAAGAUAUAAAGACUGAGCUGAGGACAUUUUUGUACCUACAAAAACUCUGUAAAACACUUUUAAAAUCAUUGGUACGUAUUCCAAAAGGCUGAAGAGAUGAAUUUACACGAUAAUGAUAUUUGUAAUAUAAAGUAAAAUUCUCUUCCUCUGUAUAAUAGUUGUUUUAUAGCAGAAAUAAGGUGUGAAUAUCACUGAGGCUGUAUUGUUUUUAACACACAUGUAUGUAUAGCAGUUACUAUUUAUUUCCUGUCAUGCACAGACUCUUUUGUAAAUAUUGAUGAUGUCUUUUGCUGUGAUGUGACUUUAUUUUUGAGACUCAAUAAAAACUCUGGUUGUAUUCUCACA